CUCUAUCACAUGUAGCUCUAAGGGAAAAAACACCUAGCCCUAGCCUAACAUCUUCCUGUAGACGUACAUGUGCGAGGCUUUAUCUCUCCUCCCCUUUCUCUCUCUCAAUUCGUCUCCUCUCCAUCCACUCACGAAGUGCAUCGGCCGAACCUGCUCUCACAGGGUCACUUUUGAUCUUCUCUGGCCAGGAAGCAUUAUUAAAGUGCAUGACACCCUCUUCACGUUUGAGGAACUCAGCUGUGCCACUUUUCUCAGAGGUCAUGCGGGACUGGAGCUGGACUUGAGGCGGUUCUGGGACUGAGGUUGUAAAGUUAGAAUCAGAGACACCCUUCUCUGGUUGGAGCUGGUGGAGAACAAUUUAUAAUUUGUUGUGUUGAUUCGCAGAUUAUGAUGAAUGCAACACAGAACACAAGCAACUCAUCAUGUGUGAUCAUGACCCAGCCAGCAGGUCACCUGCUGAUGUCCAUCUACAUCAUCGCCUUCAUCUUGGGGCUGCUGUUCAACUUGAUCACCAUCGGGCCCAUAAUUCAGCAGAUCUGCAGAAGGAACGUUAUAGGGAUCUACCUGCUCAGUUUGUCCUUCUCGGAUCUCCUGUACAUCCUCACCAUGCCUCUGUGGGUCUAUUAUUUUAACAACAACCACAAAUGGAACCUCGGACAAGGACUAUGUAGUCUGGCUGGUUUCUUUUAUUACUCCAACCUGUACAUCAGCAUCUUUCUCCUCUGCUGUAUCUCCAUCGAUCGCUGCCUGGCCAUCACCUUCCCGCUGCGAGUCCAAGUCUUCCGCCGCCAGCGCUAUGCCUGGAUCAUCUGUGGGCUGGUCUACAUUUUUGUCAUGGCCUUGCACUGUUUGGUGCUGUAUCUGGACAAGUUAUCGGAUCCACUGGAUGACACUGAGCAAACGUGCUACGAGACCUUCCCCAUGACGGAACGCAUUGCGAUGUUCAACCUGAUACGGGUCGGAAUUGGUUUCCUCUUGCCUCUGGUGGUGAUCACCGUCUGCUACUGGUUGAUCCCAACCAAGGUGCAGCAAAGCAGAGGGGUGGACGAUCAAGGCAAGCGCAAAGUGAAGCUUCUGUCUAUGGGGGUCAUUGGCAUUUUCUCUUUCUGCUUUGCACCAUACCAUAUCCUCCUGAUGGUGAGGUCCAUCGCCUUCUUUUAUUUGGGAGAAAACCAAACCUGCCGUUUUGAACAAGCGAUGUAUUUGCCCUUCACUUGCUCCCUCGCGCUAUCCAGCCUGAACAGCAUGGUGGACCCAGUGCUCUAUGUUUUGGCCAGUAAUGGAGUAAGGGAGGAUAUGAGGUUAUUCUGUUGGAAAAAGAAGCAGAGACAGGUGACAGGAAGCCCUCUUGUUGAUUCCAAAUGGAAGACAAGAGUGACCAACUUGGGUUAAAGCCAACCUUAGGUCUUUGAAAACAGACUUGCGUUUGAUAACGUACACACUGUUUUUGAACCCAUUCAGGAAUUUCGCAAAUCAGUGACCAGCACAAACUCGCCCAAAUUGUUUGCGUUGACAGCAUGGGCACAAUCUUGUGGAUGGGUCCAUGUUGUUAAGUUGUGGAGGGUCCAGCAGACUUUACAAUCUGGCGUGCUCCAGCACUGUGAUCCAGACACCUGAACUAACUUUUUGACAAAUAACUACCAUUGUGAAUGCAAACCUCUUGCUUUUCUGCAGGUGAUAAUAGGCAAAUUGGACCAAGUUUUGUGAGUAAAGCGUAUCUACUGUAUAAUAAGCUUAAUUUACAUAGAAAACAAUGACUUGUACUGACAAUACUGAUGCUGCAGCACUUUUUAGUGCAUAUAGAGCCUAGUUAAACUGGAUUGUGGCUGUUUGUGAUGCUGUUUUUGUGCCAACAUACUGUGUAUUACAAAAGGGAUUGUUUAGUGAAUUAGCCACUGUAUGACAGUGUCUAGUCAAGCCCAAUUCAUUUGUCCAAGUCAGGACAGAGACCAGAAGAGGGUCAAAUCCAAGUCAAGGACAAGUUCACAUGCUCCUGAGCUCAUGACCAAGACCAUGAAAAUAUGCUUUUAGUCUGAGUGUAAGACCAUAUUUUUAUGGUUUUGCCCUUGUUUCUCGAAUCUGAGUCCAAGACCAUAUUUUUGGUCUUGGUCUUUGAAUCUGAGUUUAAGAACAUAUAUAUUUUCAUGGGUAUGUUCUUGUUCUUCAAGUUCAAGAUCAUAAUUUCAUGGUUUUGGUCUUGGUCUUUGAAUCUGAGUCCAAUACUAUGUUUUUAUGGUGUUGGUAUUGGUCAUGGUCCUCAGGUACGAAUCCAAGACCAUAUUUUAAGGUUUUGGUCUUGUCCAAGUCCAGUAUCAUAUUGGUUGUGGUCUUGAUCCUAUAGACCAAGAACACAUUUUCAUGGUUUUUGCCUUGUUUCUUGAAUCCAAGUCCAAAACUAUGUAGUCUAAGAACAUAUUUCCAUCUUGGUCCUAGAGUCCAAGUCCAAGAUCAUUUAUUCAUGGGCUUGAUCUUAGUCCUCGAGUCUAGUUUUAGUCUUGCCAUGGACUCAGGAGCAUGUGGACAGAUUCAAUCCUCUUCUGGUCUUUCUCCUAACUCGAAUUUGGUCUUGACUACAACACGGAUAUGUGCAGGCUUCUGUACUCAGACUCCAUUAUGCCCACUUGUGUGAAAAAAAAAGAAGAAUUAUAACUUGUUUUAUCUGAGCUGUGAUAUAUUUAUCUGUGUCUUUAUGAACAUCAAGAGGAUGUUUACAAAUUAUGGAUUUGCAGCGUGACAGGACCUGUAUUCCUGUCUUUGAAGAACCCUUGAAUCACUUGAACUUUCUUUGUGAGAGCUGUACUCGGCCCAAGUGUUGUUAUUGUGGGAUAAAGCCUUGCUUGUUUGUCCUUGUUUAAUUCACAGACGACUCCCUGUAAUUUACCGUUAAACCAGAUUUAGCCGUUAAAGAUUUAAUCUGGAUGUUAAACAACAGCUUGUUGCAAUGUAAGCAAUUUCAAUGCACAGCAUGUUGCUGCUCUCUACAUUUCCUCUCAUGUAACUUUAUUGCAAAAGAAACAGUGCAUUAUGAAAUAAAAUACAUUUUCUGA